UAAUUUUAGAUAUUUUGACAUAUAUUAUACAAAUUUAUAUGUAAUAUAUUAUUUUGUUUUAUAGAUUUUGAGAAAUUUUAAGCAUAUAAUGAAUAUUAAAAUUUUAAAAAUAAUUUAAAAUGUGUUAUCCGAACCUGAACCGAAUCCGCAAAGAUCCGCAUCGAACCCGAACCGAAAUUUAGAAAUACCCGAAAUGGGGCUGAAAUCUUUAAGCCCGAAAAUCCGAAACCCGAUUAGAUCUGAAUCGAACCAGAACCCGAACGCCCACCUCUACUCUGGUCGGUGAGUUUGGCCAGGUUUCGUUCUGGGUUUUGUUUUUCAGGCGUGUUAUUGCUGCGAUGCAUCUACUAGCUCUUUUCUACGACUAUUGGUCUUGGUUCAGGUUCUUGGCAUGGCAGUGGUAUUGAUCUUCAGGUCUUCUCUUGCGAGGAGGUACCCGGUCUUUAGUCUGUAGAUACUGGGACUGGGGUGUGAGUGGAGUGGUUUUGAGAGUGACUUUAGACAGCGGAUUUGAUUGAAUCCUUUCGAAUUAUGGCUUAUUCCUUGAGUAGUUUGGUCCUUUCUUGUCGUAUGUUGUGUAAGUCUUAAUUAACUUUUUGUCUCCCAUCUUUGGGCUUUGUCUCGCAAAUAUUAUGUUUUGCUGGUUUGUCUCCUUUUUUAUCUUUGGACCUUUGUCUUUGAUGUAUUCUCUGAGUUAUUGUUUAACUCAGUUGACUAAUAAAAUUCAGAUGUCAAAUAAAAAAAAAACUUGUUGUCGGGAAGAUAUAAGAAGAAUUGAUGAAUGUUAUUUAUUUGCUUCAUGUAUUUAUUUAAUGGUUAUAUUAUGCACUUUAUUUGGUUUCCUUCAACAUCAACACAUGAUUAUCUUGUGUCGUACUUUUCAUAUGUCUUUAAUCCCAAGCAAAAUAACAACAUGCCAAUACAGUAAAUCCCUCUGAAAUAUUAUAAAGAAAUAAUAUGCUAUCUAAUUUUUUUGGGCUUUUAACCCCUUGGUUCUUAAUACAAUAGCCAUACUAGUAUUUUUGUUGUUGUAAUAUGCCUGUUUUGUACCUUUAAUGCUUAAUUGAUGUAAUUUUCAUGUUACUAUCUACUAAAACAUAGCUUAAUUGGUGUAUGUUAUUUAAUCGCUGCCACCCCUUCUCCUGCACCACCGUACCACCCAUCGUCUUCUCACCUCCUUAUACCUUCCUUCAUCUCCUGUACGAACAACAACAUCCCUUCAUCCACCGUCGUCAAAUGCAUAUUUUCCGCCGCCGCUGUUUGUUACAAAACGAUGCACUGUAUUGUGUUUUUAUUUAUUAUAGACCCAUAGAAUAUAAUGUUUGUUGUUAUCCCACAUGUAUCAUUGGCAUCAUCACCACCAGCAGUUGUCUCAUUGCCGCCAUCGUCUUCUCCUCCACCACAGUCACCAUAAUUCGUCUCCUCACCUCCUCCCACAUGCUAUUCUUCUCCUCCACCCCAUGUUGUGGUUUAUUCUCUUCCUCCAUGAACUCCAACAACUCCACUAGCUUCUCUACAUAUCAUAUUACUCCAUUCACUCAUUACUCAGUCAACUUCACCUCUGGUCACUACGCCUAUUUUUCCACCUCAAUCAACUUCAUAUGUAACAUCGGCCCCACCACUACUUGUUUCAUCGUAGUCACCAUCUUCUCAUCCACCACUUCUACUCGAUGUAUCCUCACCUCCUUAAUGUGAAAAUACUUUCUUGAAUAAAAUCUAUUACUUUUUUCGUAAACUUUUUAAUGUGUAGAAACUUAAAACUCCACUUGGGGAGCGGAUCUUCUUAACAUUUUACUUUACAAAAAUAAUAAAUGAAAGGACGCAAAGUAUAUUUUCUUUAAUAUACUACUAGUAAAUAAUUAAUUAUUAAAAACAUGUUUAGAGAUCUACACAAUUUUUUUUUAACAGAUUCUACACAUUUAUUUAAUCAAAAAGAUUAUACGCAUUUACUUGUAUUAAUAUUGUAGAUAUAUAUUUUCUACAUAACCUACUUCUACCAAUAAAAUAUUACUACAUCUAUAAAUACUACUUCCCAAAUAAAUAAUAUAAUAUGGUCAUUUCACAAUGACUCAAUGGUCAUUAAUCCCCUCAAUGACUUCCUCAAAAAAAAACCACUUCAUAUUAGUGCUAUCCACACUUUUAUUUAUCCUCCAAACACCAUCAUCUUUAGGAAACCAUUCCUCCACCGAUGGAUUUUUUCCGUGGGCACCUAAACAUGUCGUAAUUAUAAACAAAUUGACCACACAUGCAAGGUUGAUUGUGCAUUGCACGAACAAAAAUAAAGAUCUGGGGAUAAAAGAGCUUGCAUAUGGAGCUAGCUUUGACUUCAGAUUUCAUGUCAAUUUUCGCAAAACGACGACGUACACAUGCAGUUUCGAGUGGCCCAAAAACAAGGUAAGAUUUGAUAUUUUCAGCACAUAUAGAGACGACAACGUAUUCAGUAAAGUUGGAGUUUGCAGAGAAUGUAUUUGGUACAUUUAUGAACCAGCCCCUUGUCGUGCUAAACGCGAUGGAGGUGCUUCUAUAUGCUUUGGUUGGGAUUCUUAAAAGCAUGAAAAUAUUUAUUGCAUGGUUUCCUUUUGAUUUAUAGUUGCAAUAAAAUAAGCUGAUCGAUUAAGUGGCUAUUAUUGUUAUUAAAUAUUAUACUUAUGUAGACCUAGUAGAUCAUACUUUUCCAUACAACCAUGGAAUUUUCAAUGUUUUCGCCACGAGUUGGCGUUUUAUUUUCAUGAUGUAGUAAUACCUGUAAUGAAGCUUUCAUAUAAUUACCUCAAAUUAUAAAUAAUA